UUGAUAGCCGUUAUGUUUACUUGUGUUUAACAUAAGUAUUUAUAAGUAUUUGUUGAAGAAAAGAAGAGAAAUCGGGCAAAUACCUCCAGAAUGAGAGCUAGAUCAUAAAACAUUGCGAUGAACGACUUUUUGGACCAAGAGAAUGACGUUCUGCCCAUAAUUUGAGUAUAACGUAUUCUAUAGAACUCUAAAUCACUCGAUUCGAGUUUCAUGUGAAUGCUAACUCAAUAAGGUACAAAUGUUAUGAAGACGUCAUGACCAAAAUAUGAAAGGAACAAGACCCAAUCAACCAACAAAGUCAGAUGUUGCUGGUGGGAUUUCAGGAUGCAUACCUCUCAGUGUUUUAUCCAUAUCUCUUGAUUGGCUGAAUAAAAUCAUGUCAUUCAAGUUUUGUUGGAUAGAAGACUUCAUUAUCUACAACUUUGGUGAAGGAAUCAUGUCCAAAUUCGUAGCGGAACAUCCCCAAAAUCCCAGGACAAAACUGGCGCCGAAAUUUGCACCAAACCCGCGCCGGUUUGUUAAUUUCCGCGUGGCACAAACCAGUAGCUUACCCGGCGCCGGGUAGGCCUUAUACCCGGCGCCGGGUAGGCCAAAAUUUCCAGUUUUCCCUGCACACAACGAAGAACCGGCGCCGGGUAGGCCUGAAACCGGCGCCGGGUAGGUCCGAUUCUGCACAAAACAGUCCAACGUGCAAGAGGAUUUUUGAUGGGAAAACUUCAUCUUCCUCAAGUGUGAUCAAAUAUUGCUUCCAUACCUUAUUGUUGGGCUCGAAUAGACUAAAAGAUGCCAUUCUUUAGCCUAUAUAAAGCCCUCAAUUCAUCAUUCAAACACAUUCCAUUCCAUAGAUUAAUUCCUAACUUUUAUAUUUUGUUCUUGCUAUUUUUCUUCAAGUUCUUGAGGAGGAAACUUCAACCUCCGAAAUCAUUGGUGUUUAGGUAUUAUUUCCUUUGUAAUUUCAUGUUCCAUUACAUUUCAAUAUUGUAUUAUGAUUAAUAUGAGCAUUAGAGGCUAAGUUCUUAGCUAAGGCUAGGGAUGAACUUCUAUGCCCACUAGGUGUUUGAUAAAAGUUCUAAACCAAUAAAUUGUGAUUUAUCCUUUACAUUUUGAUUGUUUAUGACUAUGGUGUACAACAUAGAAGUAUGUUAAACUUAGUUUAUGCUUGCAAUUAACGUUGGGGUCUAAACUAUGAACAUUAAAGGAUAAACAUAUAUAUUACCGAGAAUAGAAAUAUAUCCGGUAUUAUAUGAUACGGGUGUGAUGUCUUGAUAUUCAACGGGGUUUUCGGUAGAUGAAUGUAAGCCGUAACGGGACUUACACGUAACGAAAACCACGCUCUCGCUGCCUUAACCGGAGUUGAGAAUAUAUUAGCGACAUCGUAUUCAUAAUUAUUGGUAAAGAACUAAUAUUCAACCCUAUUAAAGCAUUUAAGUGAUUCCCGAAGCCUUAGUUGUUGUUAUCAAUCACUUUAAUCAAAUUAAUUCAAGUUAUAUCUCUGAAAAUUAAAAAGAAGAACCAAGUUGUUGUUUUCACAACAACACACAACUCAAAAUCCCUACACUUUACUCAUUUACUUAUUCAAAGUCAUCUACUCGCGGACUAAAUUAAACAACGUUUCCCUGUGGAUUCGACCCGGUAUUUUACCGGAAUUUAUUACUAUAUCGGCACUUGUACAUUUGCAAGUUCAGCCCGAUCAAGUUUUUGGCGCCGUUGCCGGGGAAACGGUCUUGUUUAAUAAAGUCCAAAGAAUCAACCAAUCAAAAAUCCUGAAUUUAUUUUUCACAACUUCACUUGAUCUUGGAAGGAUUUUUGUUUUUUCUUGUGUAGAUAUUCCCAUGUGUUUGCAUGCAAUUGAGAGGUCAAGGUUCUAAAAUUCUUGAACCACUUGAUCUUGAAAUAGAAAAAACUUGCAAACACAUUCGAAGGGAGCAAAAAGCUACAAAGAUGUUGCCAACUUUGAAUGAGAGGAAGAGACCCGUGGUGGCCGCUAUGCCAUCUUGCAUCACCUUGAGCGAGGAAGCAAGAGACUAUGAGCUAAGGCAAAGCUACUUCAACGCUAUGCCUCAAUUUCAUGGUUUGCUUGGGGAAAAUCCACUCAACUUCAUCACGGAGUUCUACGGAUUCAUUCAAGGAAUCCCUAGAAAUGGCUUGGCGGAGGAUCAACUCAAGCUCAAAUGCUUCCCCUAUAUAUACUCUCAAAGGGGCGGCAAGAGGAUGGUUCCUAGAGCAAGCUCCGGCAAGCUACACAACAUGGGAAGGUAUAUACAAUGCCUUCAUGUCUAAGUACUACACGCCCACCAUGACUCAAGAGCUUAGACAACGCAUUUUCAAUUUCAAACAACAAAAUGGUGAGCUCUUUCAAGACGCAUGGCGGCGUUUCAAAUCAUUGCUAAGGGAAUGCCCACAUCACCGCAUUCCCCUAGACCUUCAAAUUGACACGUUCUACAAUGGUUUGAAUGCACCUUGUCAAGCCAUUGUGGACAACCGAGCCGAGGGCUACAUUGGAAAUAAAAAUGAAACUGAGGCACUCCGAAUCAUUGAAUCUAUUGCCUCAAAUCCUCAACUUCAAGGAGGCGAUUACAAGGUGGUCGGGAUGAAUGAAAUCUCUAUCACAACCGAGAUUAACAAAAGGCUUGAACAAAUGGAAUCAAAAAUUGAGCAAAAAUUCCAAACGGCCCUUCAAGCCGUAUCGGGAGGAGUCAAGCAAAUAGCUAAUGUGGAGAGCAUUCAAAGUCCGGAAGGCAAUUUAUCUCAACAUCUUGAAGAGGUAAAUUUCAUGAACUCUUAUGGGAACCGGGGAAACAAUAAUCCUUCUAAUCAACAAAGGUGGAACCAAGGGAGCAAUUGGAAGCCACAACCCCAAUCCGGAGCACCUAAUUUUGGGCCGUCCAAGGAAACCACCAUGGAGGAUAUGAUGCAAUUCAUAUCCAAGAGCAUGGAAAGCAUGAAGGCUCAAAAUGAAGAGAACCAUAGUAGAGUGGAGGCAUCCAUUGGGAAUCUCCACUCUCAAUUCAACAAGUUGGAUCUUCGCUUUGAAGAUCAAAAUAUAAAGCUCAACCAACGCAUCAACACCAUUGAGCAAUAUACCAAGGCGUCAAUCCGAAAUCUUGAAGUUCAAUUGGGGCAACUCGCCCAAAAAGUGAGUUCUAGAGAGCAAGGUAAACUCCCUAAAACUACGGAGGUAAACCCGAGGGAGAGCGUCAUGGCCAUUACCACAAGAAGCGGGAGGCAAACGGAGGAUCCUAAAAUGCCGGAGAGAAGAAAGACACCGGAGGAACAAGAAGAGGUUUCACAUACACCGUUGCCACCUAUUAUGCCUCAAUAUGUUCCUCCCAUCCCUUAUCCACAAAAGUUGAAGAAGAAAGGAGAUGAGAAGAAACACAAGAAAAUUCUUGAUAUAUUCAAGAAAUUGAGCAUCAACAUACCUUUUGCGGAGGCCAUUGCGGAGAUUCCAUCAUACGCAAAAUUUCUCAAAGGCAUCAUCUCCAACAAAAAGAAGUUAGAGGAAUUCGCAACUGUAGCACUAACGGAGGAAUGUAGUGCCAUUAUUCAAAACAAACUUCCUCCAAAACUCAAAGACCCCGGAAGCUUUACUAUUCCAUGCUCUAUUGGAAAAAUCGGGGAGGUAAGGUCUCUUUGUGACCUUGGUGCUAGCAUAAAUCUUAUGCCCUACUCCCUAUUUAAAAAGCUAAGUGUGGGGGAACUCCAACCAACAACGGUUGCUUUGCAAUUAGCGGAUAGAACAAUCCGCUAUCCGAUAGGUAUCAUGGAGGAUGUCCUUGUGAAACUUGGAAAAUUCUACUUCCCGGUAGAUUUUCUUGUUUUGGACAUGGAAGAGAUGGAAGUUCCUGUCAUCCUUGGGAGAUCAUUUUUGGCCACCUCCGCAGCCGUCAUUGAUGUACAAGCGGGCACCGUAAGACUAAGAGUGGGAGAAGAUGAUGAAACAUUCCAUGUAUGGAAAACACAAUCCAUUCUAACUCAAAACAUGGAGGUCAACACAAAUCCUUUUACUCCUCCCAAGGCCAUAAACAUCAUGGACAUCAAGAAGGCACAAAUAUUUGGGCCCGAGGACCCUCCCACACACCCCGAGAGCAAAAAGAACAGGCCUCCAACUCCAUGGCCUCCCCACGAUCUCAAAAAGGUAACAUUGGUCAAACGUCUUCGGGAGCACAAUCACACGUGAGAGGUACGUUGCGUCCGGCCUAUGACGUUAAACUGAGCGCUAAUUGGGAGGCAACCCAACAAAUUCAAUUAUAAAUAAAUAUGUUUAGUUAAAUACAUAUUCAUAUUUAUUUAUAAUUGAAACCCAAAAAAAACACAAAAAAAAAAACAAAAAAAAAAAGAAAAAGAAAAAGAAGCAUCAUCUAAACUCAUGUAUCAUGCAUCUCCUACUCUCACAAGACGGCCCAUUCCGCUAUUGAAGAUUUCAUCCUCCAUUACAUCCUCCAAUGUACAUUGAGGACAAUGUAUCUCAAGUGUGGGGGGUGUAUCUCAUGGUUAGUUAAACAAAUUUUGUGUGCAAAAUAAUAUUUUUUUUUAGGAAGGUAAAAGUUGUGAUAAUUCUCUUUUUAAUGGGUAUUUGGUUGAGAAAGUUUUUAUUAUUCACAUAAACUAUCAUUUUUUUAAGAUUUAUUACACUACUUUUACUCUUGAAAACCAUUCCCAAAAUAAACCUUGUGACUAGGAAACCUCAUCUUCUUCCAUGUCCAAAAAUGGUUUAAGUACAUCUCAAAUAUUCAAGAACCAUUUUUGGAAAACAAGCCACCCCACAACUCAUCAAAUAAAUUGGGAUCAUCAAAAUGACUUUGAGUAAAUACUUGUUGAGAAUCCAUUCAAAAAAAAAAAACUCAUGGUCUCUUCCAAGAAUUUCAACCGAUCCAUUUCUAUACUCAAAAGUCAAAUACACAAAAAAAAAAAAAGCCAUCCUACACACCCAAAAAAAAAAGUCCUAGUCACAAUCCACUCAUAUACUCUCAAGGGUAUAAGUAAUUUUUCUAAAUCUAAUGAUAGUUUUGUGUGUCUAAUAGAAAUUUGGUUUUGGACCGAGAAUGAUAAAGGAGUUUACAUAACUUUAUACCUCCCUUAAAAAUAAAAUUAUUUUUGUGCAUAUAUUUUUGUUGAAACUAACCAAGGCAUCCAAGGUGAAGAAAUUGCUCGAGGACAAGCAAUGCUCAAGUGUGGGGGGAUUUGAUAGCCGUUAUGUUUACUUGUGUUUAACAUAAGUAUUUAUAAGUAUUUGUUGAAGAAAAGAAGAGAAAUCGGGCAAAUACCUCCAGAAUGAGAGCUAGAUCAUAAAACAUUGCGAUGAACGACUUUUUGGACCAAGAGAAUGACGUUCUGCCCAUAAUUUGAGUAUAACGUAUUCUAUAGAACUCUAAAUCACUCGAUUCGAGUUUCAUGUGAAUGCUAACUCAAUAAGGUACAAAUGUUAUGAAGACGUCAUGACCAAAAUAUGAAAGGAACAAGACCCAAUCAACCAACAAAGUCAGAUGUUGCUGGUGGGAUUUCAGGAUGCAUACCUCUCAGUGUUUUAUCCAUAUCUCUUGAUUGGCUGAAUAAAAUCAUGUCAUUCAAGUUUUGUUGGAUAGAAGACUUCAUUAUCUACAACUUUGGUGAAGGAAUCAUGUCCAAAUUCGUAGCGGAACAUCCCCAAAAUCCCAGGACAAAACUGGCGCCGAAAUUUGCACCAAACCCGCGCCGGUUUGUUAAUUUCCGCGUGGCACAAACCAGUAGCUUACCCGGCGCCGGGUAGGCCUUAUACCCGGCGCCGGGUAGGCCAAAAUUUCCAGUUUUCCCUGCACACAACGAAGAACCGGCGCCGGGUAGGCCUGAAACCGGCGCCGGGUAGGUCCGAUUCUGCACAAAACAGUCCAACGUGCAAGAGGAUUUUUGAUGGGAAAACUUCAUCUUCCUCAAGUGUGAUCAAAUAUUGCUUCCAUACCUUAUUGUUGGGCUCGAAUAGACUAAAAGAUGCCAUUCUUUAGCCUAUAUAAAGCCCUCAAUUCAUCAUUCAAACACAUUCCAUUCCAUAGAUUAAUUCCUAACUUUUAUAUUUUGUUCUUGCUAUUUUUCUUCAAGUUCUUGAGGAGGAAACUUCAACCUCCGAAAUCAUUGGUGUUUAGGUAUUAUUUCCUUUGUAAUUUCAUGUUCCAUUACAUUUCAAUAUUGUAUUAUGAUUAAUAUGAGCAUUAGAGGCUAAGUUCUUAGCUAAGGCUAGGGAUGAACUUCUAUGCCCACUAGGUGUUUGAUAAAAGUUCUAAACCAAUAAAUUGUGAUUUAUCCUUUACAUUUUGAUUGUUUAUGACUAUGGUGUACAACAUAGAAGUAUGUUAAACUUAGUUUAUGCUUGCAAUUAACGUUGGGGUCUAAACUAUGAACAUUAAAGGAUAAACAUAUAUAUUACCGAGAAUAGAAAUAUAUCCGGUAUUAUAUGAUACGGGUGUGAUGUCUUGAUAUUCAACGGGGUUUUCGGUAGAUGAAUGUAAGCCGUAACGGGACUUACACGUAACGAAAACCACGCUCUCGCUGCCUUAACCGGAGUUGAGAAUAUAUUAGCGACAUCGUAUUCAUAAUUAUUGGUAAAGAACUAAUAUUCAACCCUAUUAAAGCAUUUAAGUGAUUCCCGAAGCCUUAGUUGUUGUUAUCAAUCACUUUAAUCAAAUUAAUUCAAGUUAUAUCUCUGAAAAUUAAAAAGAAGAACCAAGUUGUUGUUUUCACAACAACACACAACUCAAAAUCCCUACACUUUACUCAUUUACUUAUUCAAAGUCAUCUACUCGCGGACUAAAUUAAACAACGUUUCCCUGUGGAUUCGACCCGGUAUUUUACCGGAAUUUAUUACUAUAUCGGCACUUGUACAUUUGCAAGUUCAGCCCGAUCAAGUUUUUGGCGCCGUUGCCGGGGAAACGGUCUUGUUUAAUAAAGUCCAAAGAAUCAACCAAUCAAAAAUCCUGAAUUUAUUUUUCACAACUUCACUUGAUCUUGGAAGGAUUUUUGUUUUUUCUUGUGUAGAUAUUCCCAUGUGUUUGCAUGCAAUUGAGAGGUCAAGGUUCUAAAAUUCUUGAACCACUUGAUCUUGAAAUAGAAAAAACUUGCAAACACAUUCGAAGGGAGCAAAAAGCUACAAAGAUGUUGCCAACUUUGAAUGAGAGGAAGAGACCCGUGGUGGCCGCUAUGCCAUCUUGCAUCACCUUGAGCGAGGAAGCAAGAGACUAUGAGCUAAGGCAAAGCUACUUCAACGCUAUGCCUCAAUUUCAUGGUUUGCUUGGGGAAAAUCCACUCAACUUCAUCACGGAGUUCUACGGAUUCAUUCAAGGAAUCCCUAGAAAUGGCUUGGCGGAGGAUCAACUCAAGCUCAAAUGCUUCCCCUAUAUAUACUCUCAAAGGGGCGGCAAGAGGAUGGUUCCUAGAGCAAGCUCCGGCAAGCUACACAACAUGGGAAGGUAUAUACAAUGCCUUCAUGUCUAAGUACUACACGCCCACCAUGACUCAAGAGCUUAGACAACGCAUUUUCAAUUUCAAACAACAAAAUGGUGAGCUCUUUCAAGACGCAUGGCGGCGUUUCAAAUCAUUGAGAAAGUUUUUAUUAUUCACAUAAACUAUCAUUUUUUUAAGAUUUAUUACACUACUUUUACUCUUGAAAACCAUUCCCAAAAUAAACCUUGUGACUAGGAAACCUCAUCUUCUUCCAUGUCCAAAAAUGGUUUAAGUACAUCUCAAAUAUUCAAGAACCAUUUUUGGAAAACAAGCCACCCCACAACUCAUCAAAUAAAUUGGGAUCAUCAAAAUGACUUUGAGUAAAUACUUGUUGAGAAUCCAUUCAAAAAAAAAAAACUCAUGGUCUCUUCCAAGAAUUUCAACCGAUCCAUUUCUAUACUCAAAAGUCAAAUACACAAAAAAAAAAAAGCCAUCCUACACACCCAAAAAAAAAAGUCCUAGUCACAAUCCACUCAUAUACUCUCAAGGGUAUAAGUAAUUUUUCUAAAUCUAAUGAUAGUUUUGUGUGUCUAAUAGAAAUUUGGUUUUGGACCGAGAAUGAUAAAGGAGUUUACAUAACUUUAUACCUCCCUUAAAAAUAAAAUUAUUUUUGUGCAUAUAUUUUUGUUGAAACUAACCAAGGCAUCCAAGGUGAAGAAAUUGCUCGAGGACAAGCAAUGCUCAAGUGUGGGGGGAUUUGAUAGCCGUUAUGUUUACUUGUGUUUAACAUAAGUAUUUAUAAGUAUUUGUUGAAGAAAAGAAGAGAAAUCGGGCAAAUACCUCCAGAAUGAGAGCUAGAUCAUAAAACAUUGCGAUGAACGACUUUUUGGACCAAGAGAAUGACGUUCUGCCCAUAAUUUGAGUAUAACGUAUUCUAUAGAACUCUAAAUCACUCGAUUCGAGUUUCAUGUGAAUGCUAACUCAAUAAGGUACAAAUGUUAUGAAGACGUCAUGACCAAAAUAUGAAAGGAACAAGACCCAAUCAACCAACAAAGUCAGAUGUUGCUGGUGGGAUUUCAGGAUGCAUACCUCUCAGUGUUUUAUCCAUAUCUCUUGAUUGGCUGAAUAAAAUCAUGUCAUUCAAGUUUUGUUGGAUAGAAGACUUCAUUAUCUACAACUUUGGUGAAGGAAUCAUGUCCAAAUUCGUAGCGGAACAUCCCCAAAAUCCCAGGACAAAACUGGCGCCGAAAUUUGCACCAAACCCGCGCCGGUUUGUUAAUUUCCGCGUGGCACAAACCAGUAGCUUACCCGGCGCCGGGUAGGCCUUAUACCCGGCGCCGGGUAGGCCAAAAUUUCCAGUUUUCCCUGCACACAACGAAGAACCGGCGCCGGGUAGGCCUGAAACCGGCGCCGGGUAGGUCCGAUUCUGCACAAAACAGUCCAACGUGCAAGAGGAUUUUUGAUGGGAAAACUUCAUCUUCCUCAAGUGUGAUCAAAUAUUGCUUCCAUACCUUAUUGUUGGGCUCGAAUAGACUAAAAGAUGUCAUUCUUUAGCCUAUAUAAAGCCCUCAAUUCAUCAUUCAAACACAUUCCAUUCCAUAGAUUAAUUCCUAACUUUUAUAUUUUGUUCUUGCUAUUUUUCUUCAAGUUCUUGAGGAGGAAACUUCAACCUCCGAAAUCAUUGGUGUUUAGGUAUUAUUUCCUUUGUAAUUUCAUGUUCCAUUACAUUUCAAUAUUGUAUUAUGAUUAAUAUGAGCAUUAGAGGCUAAGUUCUUAGCUAAGGCUAGGGAUGAACUUCUAUGCCCACUAGGUGUUUGAUAAAAAUUCUAAACCAAUAAAUUGUGAUUUAUCCUUUACAUUUUGAUUGUUUAUGACUAUGGUGUACAACAUAGAAGUAUGUUAAACUUAGUUUAUGCUUGCAAUUAACGUUGGGGUCUAAACUAUGAACAUUAAAGGAUAAACAUAUAUAUUACCGAGAAUAGAAAUAUAUCCGGUAUUAUAUGAUACGGGUGUGAUGUCUUGAUAUUCAACGGGGUUUUCGGUAGAUGAAUGUAAGCCGUAACGGGACUUACACGUAACGAAAACCACGCUCUCGCUGCCUUAACCGGAGUUGAGAAUAUAUUAGCGACAUCGUAUUCAUAAUUAUUGGUAAAGAACUAAUAUUCAACCCUAUUAAAGCAUUUAAGUGAUUCCCG